CCAGCAUAAUAUCCUGCUGCUAAAAUAACGCUAAUGAAGGCUUGUUUGGCCAUCAUUCCCUGACACAGGAAACCGAUAAAACAGCACCCCCUGUGGUGAAACAAGCGACAAUUAUUUCUGUUGCCUGGUGACUCCAGGAAACAGAAAACCCAAACAAGAACUCUCCCAUAACUAUAUUAUUUACAAGGCGACAUAACCCACAGAAAGAAAAUGCAAAGUAUUGAUACAGCAACAGAAGGCAGAGAACUAGAUAAGGUGGAGCCCUGUCCUGAGAGGGAAAGGCUAAGAAUGAGGGUCUCUGUGUUGGAGGAGAGUGUGAGGUCAUAUGAGGUAGAGUGUAAAGCAAGCAGAGAGACGCUGAUGAGACUGGUUGCAGAAGUGGCUCGUGAGAGGAGGAAUGCAGCCGACAGUGCAGAGGCUCUGGAACUGCUGAGACUGGAGUUAGACAGUGCUUUGCUGACCAAGAAGAGCACUGAUGUUGAGAACAGGAGGCUAACAGAGAGACUGGAGAGCAGCCAGCAUGCUGUUCAGGCAGUCAAGCAGGAGGCAAUGUGUAUGGAGAGACAUAUCCAGGAGCUGGAAGGGAUGCUCCAGACCAACCAGGCAGAGAAAAAGGCUUCACAGGGGAGUAUGCAGGCCUUCCUGAGGGAGGUAGGGGUCCUCCUGGAAAUGGGUCCCUCCAUGCCAACUGAGGGAGAAAUACUAGAGACACUCAAGGACCUCUUUACCAGGCAGGGGACCAUGAAAUUGAACGUGGAGGAGCAUGAGAAGAGGCUGUCCCAUGUCAGUGAGGAGGUGUCCAGGCAGACGGAGCUCUAUCACAGUGCCCUGCAGAGGGCCCAGCUGGCCGAACGACAGGUCACAGACCUCAGAGACAGGUUGCAGGGCCUGGAGGCUGAGCUGGUGACCUCAGACGUGCACCGAGACGGACUGAGUCAUAACCAACAGCACUAUGAGCAGUUCCUCGAAAGACUUUCAGAGAAGAUGAAACUAGACAGCAUCGCCAUUGACCUGGGCUUCGAUAUGAGGCUCCAGCUUAUUCUGUCUAGAGCUGAGCAACUUGUCAAACUAGAAGGGGUUGCUUUGGUGGAGAGCAAGUCCCUGGCACACAACCUACAGCGAAAGUUGAAGGUCCAGAAGGAGCGGUUGGAGAGUAAGGAACUCCACAUUGAGCUGCUGAGGAAGAAGGUUUUUGAUCUAGAGGAGGAGAAAAGGAGUCGUUCCACCCUGGCCUUGGAGAGAGACGAUGCCAAUGUGACUGCCAGGAAGCUCCAGAAGAAGGUGGAGCGACUACAGGGUGAACUGAGAUCCAGUAAGGCCUCUAUUACUGAGCUUAAGGCCCAGCUGUCAUACACCAACGAGCUGAAGCUCAAAGUCCUAGAGCAGAGUCAGGCCAUUGAGGAGCAGAGUAAGAGUCUGGAGGAGCUGGGAAAUGGAAAGGCCAAGGUGGAGAAGAGGCUCGGCAUAACCAGGGCAGAACUACGUGGCCACGAGGAGCAGGCCAGGGAGGUCCAGCAGCAAGUCAACAACCUAGGACAGACACUGGCCCAACUCACCGACAGGGAGAGAGAGUUGGUAGACUUCCGUAUGGUGGUCUCUCAGAUGUUAGGUCUGGAUGUCGCAGCCCUGGCCCUCCCAAACUACGAGAUCAUCAAAUCUCUGGAGAACCUGCUUCACCAACACCAACACCACUUCCACCACUCCCUGGCCCAGUCCUGGUCCUGUCCUACACAUCAAAAGCACUCCCAUCUCCCACAGCUCCAUGGCCAAGAUAACUAUGGCUCCAUCAGAUCCCUCUCAGUUGUCUCUGAUAGAUCUACUGGUCCUGAGGCUCUGCCCAAAUGAAUUGUGAUUUCCUCAUCCAGAGGAUUCUGCUCAGGACACGCAUCAAAUCAUUUUUAAUGAUGAAUUAAAAAUGCAUUAUAUUUACCAAUUGAGAGUGGAUUUAAAUCAAGUAACCAAUAAGAUGCAGAGACUUUGUCAAGUCAGCAGCAGUAAAUCAAAGAAGAUGUAUUAGACAUUUUGCCACCUCCAGAGAGAAAAUAUGCUAAAUGAAAGACAGAAUCAAAAUGAGAAUUUUGCAUUCAAUAUUUGUGAUUUAGGGUCAGAUAUACAUUAUAUAUACAUUUACAGUACAUUUAUUUUAUGGUAGAUAAUCCUGGACUGUUAGAUAAUGCAUGUAAUACUGAACGCACAGAGCAAUAGAAAAUAUACAUUUGUUAUAGUUCAGAUUAAUAGUAAGUUGACAGUUUCCAUAUUUUUUGUUAAAAAAAUAACAACAAAGUCUGUUCAGUACAUUAUUCCAUAAAGAACAUGGUUUCUUACAGUAUGUGUUUAAACAGUUUAUAUUAAAUUACUCCUUGAUUA